AUGCUAGUGCGAACUUUGUAUAUCUCUUCUAGUGUGGGAUCAUCUAACAUGCUGUGUAACCAUGGCCUGAAGGUUAUCGGUAAAUACUCGGCUAUCCAUGAAGCGACCCGAAAGAUAAUAGUAAGGAGCUACUCAAAGGAAACCAUUAAAAAACACAACAAACAGGCGAUCCUGAAUACUGCCCCCAUCGAAUUCAUAGCCAACAACAGUCCGUUAGUGGGUAUCAGCGAUGUGAACACUAUUAAAGAGGCUGCAAAGCGAACUUUAAGAUGUACAGAUGAUGUCACAGAUGACCAGACAGAUGAAAUACAUCCUCAUUUACCAUUUAAUGUCAAACCUGUUGAUGGGAAAGCUAGAGCUGCAUUGAAGAAGGAAAAGAAUUCUAUGAGCUUAGAUAUAAAAAAGACCAUGGAAGCUUAUGUGCAACUCACAAAACCAAGAUUGACAAUCUUAGUCAUGUUAAGCGCAAUAUGUUCGUAUGCUUUAUCACCUUAUCCUGCAACAGUAACGGAACUUCUGUGUUUAACAGUUGGUACAACCAUGUGUUCAGGUGCUGCAAACGCCAUAAAUAUGGGUAGAGAGCCAGAUUAUGACAGACAGAUGAUUAGAACACAAGCUCGUCCCGUUGUGCGUGGAGCAGUUACACCUAAACAAGCCUUUAGUUUCGCCUUUGGCAUGGGAACCUUAGGAACAUCUAUUCUAUACCUGGGUGUAAAUCCCACAGUUGCCGCCUUAGGUUUAUCAAAUAUUGCCCUUUAUUCGUGGAUCUACACGUCAUUGAAAAGAAAGCAUAUAAUAAAUACAUGGGUUGGUGCUCUGGUGGGCGCUAUUCCUCCACUAAUGGGUUGGGCUGCUGCAAGCCCAUUGACACACCCAGGCUCAUGGUGUUUAGCGGGUCUGCUUUAUGCUUGGCAGUUUCCCCAUUUCAAUACAUUGAGUCACAAUAUUAGAAACGAGUAUAAAAAUGCAGGCUAUGUCAUGACGGCCUGGAAAAAUCCUCUACUUAAUGCGCGGGUAGCCUUAAGAUAUUCAUUAUUGAUGUUCCCAUUGUGCUUUGGAUUGUCUUACUUCAAUAUUACUGAUUGGUAUUAUCAGAUUGAUUCUGGUCUGGUCAACGCUUGGCUAUGUUUGUGGUCUUUUAAAUUCUACAUGCAACAAAGACUGAACUACUCUUCCAAGAUUAAGAAUGACCGUGUGAAGUUCAAUGAAGGCUUAGCCACUGCAAAUGUAUAUGCAAGGAAGGCAUUCUUUGCAAGUGUCUUACAUCUUCCAGCCGUUUUGAUUCUUGCUAUCUUGCAUAAAAAGAACCGUUGGGAUUGGCUUUUUGAAGACUCAGAAAAUCCAAAGUUGAAAUGA